AUGUCCGGUAAAACAAAAUCAAAAAAGGCUGGUUCUAAGAAGAAGGCCCAGAGAGCAACUUCCAACGUGUUUGCCAUGUUCGAUCAGCAGCAGAUUCAGGAGUUCAAAGAAGCGUUCAGCAUGAUCGACCAAGAUCGCGAUGGAUUCAUCAAGGAUACCGAUCUGAAGGAUAUGUUUAACUCGCUGGGUAAGGAAGAGUCUAACAGUUACAUCGAUGACAUGUUGAGCGAAGCGUCCGGGCCGUUGAAUUUCACCAUGUUCCUGACGCUGAUGGGCGAGAAACUGAAUGGUACAGACCCUGAGGAUAUGAUCCGAAAUGCAUUCGCCUCGUUUGAUAUGGAUGGCAAGGGAGUACUGAACGAGGAUAAGCUCCGACCCUUAUUGAUGGGGAUGGGAGAAAGGUAAGAUUAGAUAUACGUGAAAUAUCAAAUUAUUUUUAUAGCACUUAAUCCUUAUAGAUUAUGCAGACAAAGAGUCGGGAAGGAAGAGGCCUUCCUCGUACGGGUAAGAGGUACUUUGUUAUUUUGGGUAUAUAUAGCUUGUCUACGAUCAGAUCUCCCUUGAUUUGGUGAAUUUCGUUCCAUAAACGCCUGAAUCAGGAAUCUCAAUCAAGAUGCGAAGUAUAUAUACUUAGCAGUUUUUCUAUGAUUGUUUAGCUAUUGUAGCACCCUAUGGUGAAAGAGUGACGAUUUCUCCUUUUCAAUCAAUCACAAGAGCCCAGAAUUCCAAAAAAUGAUUCAGGAAUAAGAGUUGGUACCAGUCCGUUUUACGAGUCCCCUGACCUGUUAGCUCAUUGACACAGGGGACUCUUGUUCUUGGGCAGUUGAAAACCAGGGUAGUAAUAAUUCUUUAUCUUAAAAGUUUUCACCGAGAAAUCGGAGCCUACUUCGAGGAGCGAGCACGCACGAUUCCCCUAACAUGCACGAUUCCACGAACACGCGCGUUGCAGUAACUCUGGCCAAGCCGCCGAAAGGGAUUUGAAAAUGCGAAGUUUUAGUUAUUGAGGGGCUAUCAGUUUAUUGACGUAGACCCUACCACUAACAACAUGUAGGAGAGCAAAGUAUUUUAGGUAUUUUAGCGAAAAUAAAAGAUGACUGCCGCGUAGAAUGAAGUAUUUGAAUAAGUAUUUUUUCACGCGGGCAGUGACCGUGAAAUUGGUCUGAGUUAGGAAUUUUCUUAAUAGUUUCUUCUCUCUCGCUAUCUAAAGCUAAAGCUGAAAGUCUUAAGACUGUAACAGGGUAAGAUAUGUCUCGCCUUAGAUUGAAACAGAAAAUUGCAUAAGCCUUAUACAAAAGCUGAAGCGAUUUGAUAGAGAGUUAAAAUCUGUAAUUGAUAAAGUUGCAAGCUUCACAGGAGUUAAACACAUUUGCGUGCGAACUGCUUAGUACAGCUGGAGGUGAGACCCGUUAACAAAAACAUUCUGCACCGAAUAAACCAAGCGCAAAAAAUAGGAGUUGAUCUCAUAAUCUGCGGUGGAAAACAAAAAUUUCAAGCGUUUUAGGCAAGGUGAGCAACAAUAGGUUACGCCUCAGGAAACUGCUUAUGAUAAAUUAAGUGCCCACCGGUUUCUGGUGGUUGACUUGUUAUGUUGCAAAGUUAAACGAAAUCCACUUAGCUUAUUGACUAAAUUCUCUCUCUUUGCGUCGAGAAUAGCCAGGGUAUUGCAUUUCGUGUCCCUACUUUUCGCUAACCUUCAUCGUAAUCGCAGAUUUUUCGACAGACAAUUCGCACUCAAAGAUUACAUUCUCAGCAAGAUGUCCCAGUGCGACAGCGAAUGUAUUUAACCCUAUAGGGAUUUUAUGUUUUGGCAUAAAGAUUUUUUUGUGAGAUAUAGGUGAAUUUUUGGUUAAGGUGUGCAAUUAAUAUUAACCAGAAAACGAAUGCAUAUCGUUGACACCAAAUUCGUCUACAAGCAUGAACAGUUGUAAACAACAGCGUCGAAACACCUAGCGUCAAUUUGAUAAAUAUCUGUCAUCAUGUAGACAGUUAAAUCGGGUUGCGGAUCAAUAAAUGAAAUUUAUAAAAGAAGAAAACAAUUGGUACCGUGUCUAGAAUAUACAUUUACAUAGACAACACUCUAUUUGUUCCAUGUCUGUUAAAUUCAGUAUCCCAUGUUCUCAAGAAAAAGAGUUUCCCAUAGUGUUUACUCAGUGACUCCUUUCCUUUCCUUUCAGAACGAGUAACGCAAAUUAUCUCUCACACACAAAAAUAAAAACGGUCAAAGGUAGUCAAGCUGUAUACACUGCUCUAGCAAUGCAAGAAAAUUUAAUUCUAGGAACUUCGUCCUUGGGUAUUUUUCUUUCAAAGGAGGAUGAUAAAAAAUUUAAAAAGAAAACAUCGUCCACGUUGCGUUACUGAUCCGUGACUGUCACGCUUUCUUUAAGGUUCACAGACGAAGAAUGUGAGGAGAUGUUCCGUCUAGCGAACGCUGACGACGAUGGAAACUUCAACUAUCUGGACUUUGUUAAAACAAUUAAACAUGGCGCAAAGGACGACUAA